CCACCUCUCCACUUUUUGCUCAGUUGUGAAUAGGGCAUUUUCUUAAAAAAUAUAUAUAUUUGGUGGGCCCCGAACUCUGCCAUGGCCACCAAAACAGAGAUGCAACUGCUUAUUAUUAAAUCUUAACCAAGCAGCAAUCAUCCAUUACUCUCUACUCAUCAAGUUCUUUCCUUUUGGGGUCCUUUCUCUGAUAUCUCCAUUCUUUAGCUUUGCUUUUCUUUCUCAUGGCGCAGGUUUUAGACGACGCUGAGUUUUGUCUUCCACCUCAGUUUUUAACCGACGACGACUUGGUCAUGGACAAUAGUAAGGCUAAGAGCAAUCCCAAGUAUGUUGAUGGUGGUUUUGGAUUAGAGCUUGGCGGUUCUAAGUCUUUGUUUCCCUACGAGUUCCCUUAUGGGUUUGGAUCUUUGGGUUUCUCUUCGGAUCCAAGUUCUCCGGUUGAGUCAGUGGUGGGUUCUACUGAGACAGAGAGUGACGAAGAAGAUUAUCUUGCUGGGUUAACUCGUCAAAUGGCUCACUCUACCCUCGAAGACGGUAUUCGCAGAAACGACCGUGCCUUUUCUUCUGAAAACCCUAAGGGUCGGGUCAUGUCCAGUUCGCCGCAAUCAACCUUAUGUGUGUCAAGGAGCGGGUGCAGUUGCAUGCAAGGGUCUAGCCGUGGAAGCCCUACUUGCCAAUCCCGAGUUCCGCCACCGCCGGGAACAUGGGAUUUGCUGUAUGCGGCGGCAGAGGAAGUUGCAAGGAUGCGAAUGAGUGAAGAGUCAUACGGUGGGCUCAACAACAGAGGCCUCUUAGGUUCUUCGGCAAGGAAGUUCUCACCGAACGCCGAUGUUACUGGCUUUUACCUGCCUACCCAGUCUCAUGCUCACCAGAAACUACAGACCGCUCAAUUUCAGAUGCUGAAGCAACAGCAGCUAAUGAAACAACAAAAUGCAUCGGUUUGGGCAGGACAAAAGCAGCAGCUGCAUUCGCACCACCAUAACCAUGUGGUCCAAAGCAGAGUGAGGAGUAAUAAUAGUAGCAAUAGGCCUAUGGGUUUGUCCCAAUCUGCAUGGCCCCCUCUGCAGCAGCAAACCCAGACGCCAAACGGGUCGGGUAUGAGGGCAGUUUUCUUGGGCAAUCCAACUGGAAAAAGGGAAUGUGCUGGAACUGGCGUUUUCUUGCCUCGCCGUAUUGGUGCACCUUCUGAACCCCGCAAGAAGCCAGCUUGUCCUACUGUUCUGCUUCCAGCUAGAGUGGUUCAGGCCUUGAACUUAAAUCUUGAUGAACUUGGUGCUCAACCCCUGCUUAAUCCUCGGUUGAACGCUAAUGUCACCGCUGAAAUUGAUGCUGCUUUGAAACUUGGAAGUGGUUGGAACCAGAAGCAGGGGAAUUUCAGGCAACAUCAAGGAAUAAACCAUGAAGUUGCGUUACCUCAGGAAUGGACAUAUUGAGCAGCUUUGGGUGGUUGGGUUUUCAUGAUCUCUUUUUGGGUAGUUGUAGGAGAAAAAGAUGUUAGUUUGCUAUAGUGAUGAAAUUGUAGUAUAGAAGUAUAGGGUUAAGGAGAUGAAAUGAAAUGGUUAUUUGGGUGAAAAUAAGAAGGAUGUGUGGGCAGUAAGCAGGUUUUGUUGAAUGUGAGUGGGGGCUGAGAAAGGGUUAUUUUGUUUUGUAAAUCUGGGAAUUGGGUCAAUAAGUAUUUGGCAGAAUAUGAGCCCUACUAUUCUAACCACAUAGGUGGUCUUCUUUCUCUACUAAACUAUUAUUGUUUCACUUCA